AUGUCUCCCAGAAACUCCUACGAUCCCGAGGACGGGAUCGAUAAGAGCUACGUCGACAAUGUAGAAGUCGUGGCCAACGCCGACAGACCCAAUCCGAGGAAAGAGGCUCCUGCAUAUGUCGCUGGCCUUAGUCCAGAGGAGCGCCAGAAGGCCGAAAGGGCUCUCGUUCGCAAGAUUGAUAUUCGUCUUCUUCCUAUGCUUGUUAUCAUGUACAUUCUCAACUAUCUGGAUCGGAACAACAUUGCAGCUGCUCGGCUUGCUGGUCUUGAAGAGGACCUGGGCAUGAAGAAAAACAGCAACCAAUACCAAACUGCCGUCAGUAUUCUGUUUGUUGGUUAUUUGCUGAUGCAGAUUCCAUCCAACUUGAUGUUGAACAAGUUCGGAAAGCCCGCCAUCUACCUCCCCUGUUCGAUGAUUCUUUGGGGUAUCAUCUCUACGGCCACAGCUGGUGCUCAGAACUUUGCUGGACUGGUUGUGACUCGCUUCUUCCUUGGUUUCGUUGAGGCCGCUUAUUUCCCUGGUUGCCUUUACUUUUUGAGUGCCUGGUACACUCGUAAAGAGCUGGGAUUCCGCACUGCCGCCCUCUACUCCGGUUCUCUGAUCUCCGGCGCUUUCUCUGGUCUCAUUGCUGCUGGUAUCACCGAUGGUAUGGAGCAUGUUAAGGGUCUUCGAGCCUGGCGGUGGCUCUUCAUCAUUGAGGGAGCUAUUACUAUAGUGGUUGCGUUCUUUGCCAUGUGGAUCCUGCCCAACUUCCCUCGUACCACUACAUGGCUUUCGGAAGAGGAAAAGCAACUCGCUACAUGGCGUCUCGAGGAAGACAUCGGCGAAGACGACUGGGUUGAUUCCGAACAACAGUCACUCCUUCAUGGCGCGAAACUCGCCUUUACCGACUUGAAGACCUGGAUUCUUAUGCUACACAUCUUGUGUAUCGUUUCCUCCGCCUCCGUGACUAACUUCUUCCCAACUGUUGUGGAAACGCUCAAUUACGGCCGGAUCGAGACUCUCCUCCUUACCGCUCCACCUUACUGCCUGGCAGUCAUCAGUGCCUUCUUCAAUGCCUGGCACUCGGACCGUACAGGCGAGAAAUACUUCCAUAUCACAGCUCCUCUGUACAUCUCGGUGGCCGCAUUCAUCAUCGCCGCGACCACCACCGGUGUAGCUCCCCGCUACCUCUCCAUGAUGCUGAUGGUUCCCUCCCUGUACGCCGGUUACGUCGUGGCCCUGGGCUGGAUCUCGAGCACCCUUCCUCGUCCUGCAUCCAAGCGUGCCGCCGCACUGGCUGCCAUCAACAUGGUCAGCAAUGCCAGCAGUAUCUACGCCAGUUACAUGUACCCUGACCAUGAUGCGCCUCGCUUCAUCACCGCCAUGAGUGUCAACUGCGUUACUGCAUUUAUUGCUAUUCUCUCUGCCACUAUUCUCCGAAUCAUCCUUGUCCGUCUGAACAAGAAGCUUGACCGGGGUGAUGCCCUCAACGAUGGCGGUGUUCCUGGACAGGCCAGUUCCAGAGGUUUCCGCUUCUUGGUUUAG